GGAGCCUUAGAUGUCGACAGAAUUUAAAACAGAAGUAUGCCAGUAUUGAUUACAAAUGUUUGGUCGUGUUGAAUAAUGCGAUUGUGUUUCAGUUUAGGAUAGAAGCAACAAUUAAUUAAGUGCGUUGGUAGUUUUUGAAAGGCGGAUGGUAAGGCGGCUCUGGCAACCCAGGGCAAACCUUCAGCUUCAUUACGCAGGUCUGGUCAUAUAUACUCCGGCGUGUUGCAUCUACACUUGAAUCAGGGACUCUGACCAGCCAUGGGUGAUGAGGGAUAUGUAGUACGCAUCAGGGGUCUCCCGUGGUCCUGCUCAGUGGAUGAAGUACAGAGGUUUUUCUCAGAUUGCAAAAUUAUCAACAAUGGAGGCGGCAUCCACUUCACCUACACACGAGAGGGGCGUCCCAGCGGAGAGGCAUUUGUUGAGUUGGAGACAGAGGAAGACCUAAAGAUUGCAGUCAAGAAGGAUAGAGAAACCAUGGGUCACAGAUAUGUAGAGGUUUUUAAAUCCAACAAUGUUGAGAUGGACUGGGUCAUGAAGCACACUGGUCCAAACUGUCCAGAAACAGCAGGAGAUGGGCUCGUCCGGCUUCGAGGCCUUCCUUUUGGUUGCAGCAAGGAGGAGAUAGUGCAGUUUUUCUCAGGGUUGGAAAUCGUGCCAAAUGGGAUAACAUUGCCGGUGGACAUCCAGGGGAGGAGUACGGGGGAGGCCUUCGUGCAGUUUGCUUCACAGGAUAUAGCUGAAAAGGCUCUAAAGAAACACAAGGAAAGAAUAGGGCACAGGUACAUUGAGAUCUUCAAAAGUAGCCGCGCUGAGGUGCGGACCCAUUACGAACCCCAGCGGAAGCCCAUGGGCAUGCAGAGACCUGGGCCCUACGACCGGCCCUCAGGUGGUCGCGGCUACAACAUGAUGGGCCGAGGGGGAUCCUAUGACAGAAUGCGUCGUGGAGGCUAUGGAGGAGGUGUAUCGGAUGGAAGGUAUGGCGAUGGUGGCUCUUCCUUUCAGAGCACAACAGGCCAUUGUGUCCACAUGAGGGGCCUACCAUACAGAGCGACGGAGACGGAUAUCUACAACUUCUUCUCACCGUUGAAUCCAGUGCGGGUCCACAUUGAGAUCGGUCCAGAUGGCAGGGUAACUGGGGAGGCAGACGUAGAGUUUGCAACACACGAGGAUGCUGUAGCAGCCAUGUCUAAAGACAAAGCCAACAUGCAGCACCGCUAUGUGGAGCUGUUUUUGAACUCAACAGCAGGUGGCAGUAACGGAGCAUACGGUAGCCAGAUGAUGGGUGGCAUGGGAAACCAGUCAUCUUACAGCGGCGGGCAGCUGAGCUCAGGGUACUCCGGUGGAUACAGCAGCCAGGGCAAUAUGGGCGGCUACAGUGACUAUAGUAACCAGGGCGGAAUGGGAAGCAGUUACUACGGCGGUGGCGGAGGAGGAGGAAGUAGAGGCUCUAUGAACGGACUGGGUGGAGGAUGGGGAAUGUAGAUUUUUUUUUUCCUCCCUAAUUUGAUGUCUUUUUUUUAAACUCCGCAUUUUGCUAAAGGACUGGAGAUAUGAGUCUCACCUAGUAAACAUAGGGUAGGGUCGGGUGAGGUUAUUUUGAAAAUACUGAGGGUUAGGUUUCUUUUCUUAUUUUUUUUUUUUCUUCAAAGUGGAUUAUCUUCAGAGAGAAGUGCUGUUUGUCGUCCACCCUAUUCCUCACCAAUAUGACAUCACAGAAACUUUACUUUAAAUUUUCAUUACCAGGAAGUGUCAUUUUUUUGUGUUUUCCAAGCACCUGGCUAUUCCUCAAACUUAACUCAUCCCGUGGCUGUAACAUUCAUUUCAAUGUCUCAGUGCAUGAACGGAAAAUGUCUAACUUCUGAUAUUUAGACCUUGUUUCAUCUUCUGCACUGUGUUUAGACUUUUUAUUUUCAGUUAAACUUUGAGAAUUCAAAUGGUCAGAGCAUGUUUUCUUUUUUAAAGAUGUGACUGUUGAUAGGGUGGUUUCUUUUGAUGAGUGCUAGUUCAACGGCAAAUUAAUUUGAAAUGUGCUGACAUGAAGGUUUCUACUGCUUUAAAUGCUAUUUGUAUUUCCUGUGCAUAAAGUGAAUAAACUUGUCUGGAAUAUCUAAUUGA